AUGCGACAGAGGGAAAGCAAAAUACACUUAGUCAGGACUCACUUGGGACCCAAAACCGGUGCUUACAAGUGCGUUAUACAGGAUAUGGACGAUGAUGGAAAUAUAGGAGUCUCUAUCUCAAGAACAAUCCUUCAGGUAGCAGGGGAUGCACUGAAGACAAAUCUGAGGGCAUUAAUUAGGCCAUUUGGUGCUACCCUAUACGGAGCAAAUUUGGAGAGUCCCAAAUUCUUCUAUUUUGAUGAAAUAUAUCAGUUUGGCAAUUCAAUAACGGAAACUGGAAAUCUACUUCGUGAAAGUGUGUUGGAUCUUCUAUCUGUGCAAGGUUUCCUUGCGGCCAAACUUUAUUCGGGAAUGCAACUGGUCGAUGCUCCAUUGCCCUAUUUAUCACUGACUCCAUUGGUAAGUACCAUGAGAUCAAAUCUUGUUGUCACCUUUUAUGCCAUGGAGAAAUUCCGAUUGCAAAUCGCCAAAUCUUGUCAGCUGUGUUCACCUUAA